AUGGAUCCCACCCUCCCGAACAGCAAAGCCAUCACCGUCCCGGUCCCAACAAUCACCCUAACAUCCGAAGACCAGCAUAAAACUAUACCAGUCACCGAUAUCACUCAUUUCGUUGUCCAGGAUACCCUUCGAGUGGUGGAGGUUGAUUUUAUGAAACCUCAGCCGGGUGAAAGGUUGAAUGUGUUUUGGAAGCCUGCGCGGGGGAUUAUUUGCCAGAAGGUGCAGGAGUGGUUGGAGUAUUUGUAUGGUCAGGCGGUGGAUGGGAGCAGUUGUUGA